AUUGUACGUACCUGCUGGAGCUCUUCGAUUUGGCCGGACUUUGCUUAGCAGCUCCACAGCCGUCUGGCCCGUCGCCUUCGUCCUCGCGCCUCAUUCCCUUUGCACACACUGCCCCUGUCCCGAGUCUUGGGCUAUCCAGACCAAGCAGCACGCAAGCACAUACGCGCUCGCCCGCUCCCACACGACCUCGACUUGAGCCACACAUCCUUCUCCUCUCACACAUCCUCUUCGCUUUUGGCUCCGUCGUCGUCGUCGUCGUCUCCCUCCUCCUCCUCUUCCUCCUCCUCCUCCUCCUCUUCUUCUUCUUCUUCGUUGUCUGCUUCUUCUUUUUCUUCUGCCAGUGUGUCAAUAUUCGCUUUUGUCGAUUUUGUCGCGCACGCCCUCGUCUCACUGCUCUCUGCCUCGUCCACAGUCCCGCACACAAACCUCUAAACACCCAAACCAACACAUCACAGCAAGAGGAAACACACCGCUCAAUUGCCGCAUGGGUAUCCCUUCGGUCUGCCAUUCGACCCUCCACCUGCUGCCCAUUCUCCCCUCUUAGAGCUUCCCGGCGGCAUUACGACGUACCUUUCCUCCUCCAUUCUCGACCUUCUCCAACCCGCUUCGGCAUCGUCGCCGUCCCGCUACGACGAACCACCCGACACCCACAAUGGCCCAGGUCCUGUCUCCCCAGACGACCGAGUCGCCGCAGUCGCCGGCUGUCGCAACCAUGUCGCCGGUAUCGCUCUCUUCGCCAUCCACUCACAAUCCGAAUUUCUCGUCGCUGCCUCCUCUGGUGACAUCGCCGCCCCCGCGCUCGACCAGCCAGCAAAGCGUUGGCCUGCAGCGCGUGCCCUCACAUCAGUACAAGCAACGCCUGUCCACUUACUCCGUCCGCUCAAACACGUCCGCCUCGAAUAACAGCCUCUUCCCCGCCGGCGGUUCGCGGCCGCAGUCCGUCGCAUUUCCCCAGUUUCACUCGUCGCUACCCUACGCUCUCGUUAGGGACUUUGCAUACCCGCCUUACCAUCUUCUGCACUACGGCGCUCCGCCCGAGCGCGAGAGCGGCCUGUCCACGCCCGCCAGCGAGGCCCAGAACCGCCGGCUUUCGGAUCCGAUCCCAACAUGGUCUGGUCAGAAAUUGCAGCGGGAUUCGGGCCAGCAGCAGGCCUGGUCCUCGACCGGCGACUAUCUGCCCAACACGUCGUUUGGCGACGGCGACGAUUACCAUCGCGACGGGCCCCCGUACAGCGAGGACGAGGAUUUGGCCAGCCCUGUGGUCACGAGCUCGAGGCACCGCAAAAACAGGUCGAAUCCGGCCUCACUCACGUAUCAUGGCAUGAACGGUGACGCCAGCCAGACGCACUACGGGGUUUCUGCGAGAGACGGUGCCAACGGGGUCAGCGGUGAAUUCGGCGCAUAUUCUGAGGCACCGGCAGAAACGACAGCAGACGGUUUGUCCGUGCCUACGAGGGAACGGCGGCGGGACUCGCACUUUGCGCAAAUGCUGCCGAAUCGCUCAUACGACCACGCCGGCUUCGACAUGAUGGCCUCAUCGCCUGACUCACCCAGUGACGACUCCGACUUUAUCGACGUGGAUGAAAAUAGGUACAGCCGUGACUAUCAGUUUACCAUCGCAUCGCCGGAUGAGGAGAUGCACGGACGUGCUGUUGCUCUCUUUGAUUUUGCGCAGGAGAACGAGAAUGAGCUUCCGCUUGUCGAGGGUCAGGUCGUGCUCAUCUCGUAUCGGCAUGGGCAGGGUUGGCUGGUCGCGCAAGACCCGAAGACGGGUGACACGGGUCUCGUACCAGAGGAGUACGUACGGCUGCUGAGAGACAUCGAGGGCGGCCUGCACGGGCUGAUGACAAAUGGUGCUGGUGGCGCGCCUCCUGUGGACGACGACACGCCAACCGAUUCGUCGGCCGAGGCUAAGACGCCGACCCAAUUGGAGCACCACCACGGACCACCUUUUGCAGACCAACAUCCAGCAACAAAGAAGGACGAGUACUACGCUCCUGUGGUGAGCACCUUCUCGACCAGCAGGGAAGACCUAGAGCCUUGGCCCCACCAUCUACUCGGUAGCCAGGUGACGACGCCGACGCUGCCCAAGGAGAGUUAUAGCCCGACAAGAAGGGGCAGCACUGAGCGCGCUGCAGGGAGCAGGAGCCGGAGUCCGGCCAAGAGGCAGGAGACCAAGGACGAGUCGUGACAACAACCUCCGUGCACUCUCCUAAUACAUGGCUCCCCAUUGUGCCUAGAAACACAUCGUAAACCUGAUGCCUGUGCCGAGAGGCGGAGUCGGAAUAUCAUACCUGAGUUUAGCUCAGCGCAUGCGUCAGAACGCGAAAGAGAGAGGCCAGGCCAGCAAUCUCCAAUGGGAGAAAGAUGAAAAGGCUCUGGCAUCUCUUGCUAUCUCGAGGUGCUUCAACGACUACCGCAAAAGACCACAAAUAUGUAUUUGUAUCGACUUUAUCUGACGAGCCCCACGAAUCUCUCUCUGCCACCCUUCGCGUAUCCUUCAGAUUAUCCAUUCAUCAAUACUUCAAUCAUCGACCCGUCGUCCUCCCAAAGGCGGAUCGUUUUUUUUUUAUUUAUACUAGCAUAGCGCAGCGCGGAGCCAAUGAAACACGUGUCUUGGGCAAUCGGCCCGCAGAGAUCGGAACGAAACAGGAAGCAGCCAUCGGUCGAGUAGAGGCGCCCAGGGGACUAAUAUCAAUUCAGCCUAAUGGAGACCGCAACCUGGCCGUGGAGAUAAAUUUAUUGGAGGUAGAUCAUGGCGGCGCUUUGAAAAGAGUACAGACACUGGCAAGGUGCCUACGUGUGAGAUGGAGUGAUGGAGAGCAGUGGGUGCUUGCAGAGGCAACAUCUAGAAUCGGGGGUGGCCUUGCUCUUAUUAGAGUCCUCACUUCUCCUCCGUCCCUCUCCCUCCUUGCUACCUUACGCUCAACCAAUGAGCAUUCCGUCAGCUCCAUUGGCCGUUGUGUCAGAAGAGGCGCAAAGGUCUGAAACGACGACGCACGGCUUCAGGCUUUAUCCACUCUUCUGGAGUCAGGAAGGAAAUUCUUGUUUUGGUUUUCGAUUUGGGGAAACUUUUUUUUUUGACUUUUCUUCUUCGCCCCAAAACGUGUAUGGAUAUCAACCCGUUUUUCUUUUGGUUUUGUACUGCUUCGUUCUUUGUUUGCCUUUUUGUCUCUGUGCUUUGCUUUGCGUUUUUACUCUGCUUUUUGCUUGACCUUUCUUCGCAGCGUCGUCCCUCACGAAAGAGGCUUGACGCGCAAGAGCACCGCGCGGCCCUUUGGUCACAAAGAAAGGCGCGCGCAUUACGGUUUGGCGCUGGGCGGCGCGAGGAUCCUUGGGGUCACUUGGGACUCCCGCGGUGGCGGAUCGGAGUGGCCGCGUUCAGAUGCAACGCGGGUGACGAGGCAUACGCCGCUGAUGUUAGCUUUUGACGAAGAUGAGAAUGAAAGAAGGAUUAGAUGGCU